CAGCAGACCGAUACUGCCAGCCCCUCAGCACCCGCGGGCAGCGUACCCCCGGCCGCGCCCUCCCCAACGCCGAACUCCAGAGGCAGCUUCCACCAUCGCGAUCCCGGAGGCAGAUUUUGUGAUUCCCCAGCUCCGGAAGCAGCUUUCCCCCUCCCCACCCAGCGCUUGCAGCCCGCCCUGCGGCCCAGGAACCACAGAGCCGGACGCCAGGAAACGCCAGAGUCGAGAGCGGCGCCUCUGAGGCGCUUUCACGGCCAUUUCGCCUCCUCGCUCAACCCCGCUUCUCCCUAGGUCCCUCUGGGCGGCGGGAAGGGCAGGGAAGGACAGAUCGCGCCGCCGCCACAGUGGGGGGAGCCCAUAGCCGCCCCUCCGUGCCCCUCUCCGCCCUCCUCCGGGGCGGAGGUAGCGCUUGCGCGGUGGGACCGGCGCCCGCCGAAAGUUUGGGGCCACGUGUGGCGCGGAGCGGGACAAGUGCUGGGGACAGCCCGUCCUGCAGACGUCCCCGGAGCCCCGCCGCGCUCGGCCGCUGUCUCCCCGCCCUCGCCAUGGCCCCCGCCGAGAUCCUCAGCGGCAAGAUAGUCUCUGCGUUGGAAAUCGGGAUGAUUCGAACCUCUACAUUAACAUGAAGCUGAAGGCUGCUGCUGAGAUUGGGAUCAUUGCCAAUCACAUAAAACUGCCAAACACAGCAACAGAAGCUGAUGUCCUCAAGUGCAUUGCCUCUUUGAAUAUAGACCCUGCUGUUCAUGGCUUUAUAGUGCAGCUGCCACUGGAUUCUGAUAAACCUAUCAAUACAGAAAAAAUAACCAAUGCUGUUGCACCUGAGAAGGAUAUAGAUGGCUUAAGUAGCAUCAAUGCUGGGAAACUGUCUAGAGGGGACCUUGGAGACUGCUUUAUUCCCUGUACUCCAAAAGGAUGCAUGGAACUUAUCAGGCAGACAGGCAUCCAGGUUGCAGGGAAAAGGGCUGUAGUGAUUGGUCGCAGUAAGAUUGUUGGUGCUCCCAUGCAUGACCUCCUGCUCUGGAAUAAUGCAACAGUGACUACUUGCCAUUCCAAGACCUCAACCCUGGCUGAGGAGGUUGGUAAGGCUGAUAUCCUGGUGGUUGCAGCUGGUAAAGCUGAAAUGGUGAAAGGUGAAUGGAUCAAACCUGGUGCAAUCGUAAUAGACUGUGGAAUUAACCAUGUGCCAGACGCCACAAAGGCCAGUGGAAAAAGAGUUGUAGGAGAUGUGGCAUACAGUGCAGCAAAGGAAAAAGCUUCCUACAUCACGCCAGUUCCUGGUGGUGUUGGGCCUAUGACUGUGGCCAUGUUAAUGCAGAGCACAGUGGAGAGUGCACAGCGUUUCGUGGAGAAGUUCCAGCCUGGAAAAUGGAACAUCCAAUACAACCAGCUUUCUCCAAAGACUCCUGUUCCAAGUGAUAUUGAAAUCUCACAGUCUUGCAUACCCAAACCCAUUGAUCAAGUUGCAAAAGAAGUUGGCUUGUUCCCUGAUGAGGUGGAGCUCUAUGGCCAUACUAAAGCCAAAGUUCACUUGUCAGCUCUGAAACGUCUGAAGAACCAUCCAGAUGGCAAAUAUGUUGUUGUUACUGGGAUUACUCCUACUCCCCUGGGAGAGGGGAAGAGCACCACCACCGUUGGUCUUGUUCAAGCCUUAGGAGCACACCUUCAACAAAAUGUCUUUGCUUGUGUUCGGCAGCCUUCUCAGGGGCCAACCUUUGGGAUAAAAGGUGGAGCUGCAGGUGGUGGCUAUUGCCAAGUUGUACCCAUGGACGAGUUUAACCUCCAUCUCACAGGUGACAUCCAUGCUAUCACUGCAGCCAACAACCUGGUCGCUGCUGCUAUCGAUGCACGUAUGUUCCAUGAGCUAACUCAGACUGACCAGGCUCUCUACAACCGUUUGGUGCCCUCUGUUAAUGGUGUUAGGAAGUUCUCAGACAUCCAGAUCCGAAGACUAGAGAAACUGGGCAUAAACAAAACUGAUCCUAUGGCUUUGACGAAGGAAGAAGUAAACUUAUUUGUGAGACUGGACAUUGACCCUAGCACCAUAACAUGGCAAAGAGUACUGGAUACAAAUGACAGGUUCCUUAGGAAAAUCACUAUUGGGCAGUCUCUAACAGAAAAAGGCUUCUCACGAAUGGCUCAGUUUGACAUCACUGUGAGCAGUGAAAUCAUGGCAGUUCUAGCACUUUCUGAUGGCUUGGAUGAUAUGAAAAAGAGACUGGGCAGAAUGGUGGUGGCUUCCAGCAAGAAAGGACAACCAGUUACAGCAGAUGACCUUGGAGUGACUGGUGCUCUGGCUGUCUUGAUGAAAGAUGCUAUAAAACCAAACCUCAUGCAGACAUUAGAGGGAACACCAGUGUUUGUUCAUGCUGGACCUUUUGCCAAUAUUGCACAUGGAAAUUCUUCAGUGUUGGCAGACAAAAUAGCGCUGAAGCUUGUGGGUAAAGAUGGCUUUGUUGUUACAGAAGCAGGAUUUGGUGCAGAUAUAGGCAUGGAGAAAUUCUUCAAUAUUAAGUGCCGCUAUUCUGGUCUUCGACCUCAUGUGGUGGUGUUGGUUGCUACUGUCCGAGCUCUGAAAAUGCAUGGAGGAGGCCCUGCAGUCACUGCGGGGGUACCUUUACCAAAGGAAUACAUGGAAGAGAAUCUUCAACUGUUGUCAGAAGGCUGUAGUAACCUAAACAAGCAAAUCCAAAAUGCACAGAUGUUUGGUGUCCCAGUAGUAGUGGCUGUCAAUGCUUUCAAGACUGAUACAAAGGCUGAACUGGACCUUGUAGUACAACUGGCAAAGGAAGCAGGAGCAUUCGAUGCUGUGGAGUGCACUCACUGGGCAGAGGGAGGUAAGGGAGCCCUUGCGCUGGCCCAAGCUGUUCAGAGAGCAUCUCAGACACCCAGCAACUUCAGGUUCCUCUAUGAUGUGGAGCUCCCUAUUAUAGAUAAAAUCAGACUUAUUGCAAGGCAGAUAUACGGAGCAAGUGAUGUUGAGCUCCUUCCAGAGGCAGAGGAGAAGGUCGCCUUGUACACUAAGCAAGGGUUUGGAAACCUGCCCAUCUGUAUGGCUAAAACUCACCUAUCAUUGUCUCAUGACCCACAACAAAAAGGAGCACCCACAGGUUUUGUUCUGCCAAUCCGUGACAUUCGGGCCAGUGUUGGUGCUGGGUUCCUGUAUCCACUGGUAGGAACGAUGAGCACUAUGCCAGGACUUCCUACAAGACCCUGUUUCUAUGAUAUAGACUUGGACCCAGUGUCAGGAGAAGUAAAAGGGCUCUUUUGAAAGCAAUUAGUAAUCAAAGCUCCCAGAAGAACACCUGAUGAGUCAUGUAAAUGGAAUGGUGCCCUUUUUUUUUUUUUUUUUUUUAAGACAAAACAAGAUAUGACUGGGAAUAAGGUGCAAGAAGUGACUGGAAGGAGUAGUGCUACAGAAUCAAACACUUGUAAUCAGCAAUAAUUUUUAAAGUGCUGCAUUCCAAGCUAGUUUAUCCUGAAUAUUAAAAGCAUACUGCCUGUACAAACCUCUUGCUUCUCAAUUGUAACUGAAGCAGAAUACAGAAUCCUGGGUUCAGUAGCCUCCUUUGAGUGACAAUAUUUUAAUGAUUCAAAAUCCUAAAGCUGGAGCUUUUUCUAACAGUCUUAAGAUUUAGUUGUCUUUACCAUAGAAGUUUUGUAGCAUAUAUUAUCUUUGAAAGUCUUGAACACUGAGUAUUUCUAAUUGCCAUACUGAAUUCUACAUUUCAUUUCUUGCACUAUGGGAGAAACUGCUCUGCUCUGAAACUGUGCCAAUGUCAUUGAAAAGAGGGAACAAGGAGAAAUCCCUUUUGCUUCUCAUACCUUUCCAAAAGUGUUUGCUGUGGAAGUUGCUGCUGUGAAUUUUUUCUACAGACACCUGAGCCACAUCAGAUUUCCUAUUUAGAAAGCCCAGCUGUGACAACCAUAUUCUACUGCUAAUGGAAACUCAACCUCUGAAUGUCACAUCUGCAGGGACUCAAUCUGUCCUGUAUCUGUGGCUUCCACCAAAUGUGUCUUUUGAAGGAUUUUAUGUUCAACAAUAAGUACAGUUUCACCGUGGAUGAACCUUGUUUACUAAGGAUACCUUUUUGGUGAACAGAGGCAAUGUGAACAGCAAUCAGUGAAUUUGUUGCAGGUUUUGUCAGGAGGCCAAAAAUAAUUGUGUAACAUAAAAAUAUAGUUGCUGCCAAUUUUUUAACUAAUACAAAUAAACUGGUAAAUACUUUUAA